AUGUUGAAAAAUAUUUAUAAAAUUAAAAUGCUAUUUUUAAUCUUAAUAUCUUCAUUCACAUUUUUCCUUUUCCCAUUCCUCUUUCAUGUCAUCUCUUUUUCAAAUUUAAACCUCAAUAUCCUUAAUCUCAUCUUCGUUCCUUGUCCUUUAGAUUUCAAUAAAAGUUUCAUCACCAUUUUCAUUUUCAUUGCGUCUUCUCUCCUUCCUCAAUCCCUUUUCUCAAUUAAAGCCAAACCCUAA